AUGCGAUGCGCGAGCAAGGCCGCCGAGAGCGCGUCUGCACGUCUCUGUGCGGACGCCGAAGCAGAAACAACAGCAACUGAUGUCCCAUCGGUUGCUGAAGCGACCCAGCCUGUGUCACUUGGUGAUGCAGGCGCUGGUCAUGAAGACACUCAUGUCUUCACAGAGUAUGAGCUCGGUGUCUCAUGUUCUCCUAAUACGGAAGAUGGAUCUGUAUCGACGGCGAUCGAAACCAAGCCGCCUGUCAAGCGUGGCAUGGAUGAUGCUUUGCGUCGCAGCAUCUUUGUUUCAUCUGAUGAGUCAGAUGAACCAUCGCCGAAGCGAAGGCGCUCGAGGUCGCGAGACUCGGGCGCUCACAGUGGUGUCGGUUCUCCUAUGGACACCACUUCGCAGCGAGGUGCCAGUACUUCUGUCGGCACAGCGCAGGAAGAGCGGGACCGCAAUGUGUUGCGUCUCGCUCCUGAAAAGAAAGCAUGGCUGCCUCCCAAAUCCGUCAUGGAUCACUUGUCGGCGACGACGAGUGAUCGUUAUCGAACACGAUUGUUCGAUUCGUCAAGGAUCCAUCACCUUGACCCCAGUGCUAAAGACUAUAACACUGAGAAUGAAUUCUUCAUCGAUGCUUUUUUAACAUCGAUGGUACAGUAG